GCAUUGGUGAUACUCAGUGUGAGUGAGCAGGAAGUGGUUGUGUUGUGGUGUCUCCGCUGAGUCUCUGAGCUGUUGGAGUAACAAUGCCUUCAGUUCAGUAUCUGAGAGAGUUUAUCAACGAGCGGCUAACUGCUGCUGCUCAAGAAAUAUUCACAGAGUUUGAAAAAACGAUCGUCCAGUACGAAGAAGUCAUCGACCGUCAGCGCAGACUGCUGGAUAUCACCUGGAAACCCGAAAUAAAGCUGCACAGGACAGACCUCCCACAACAGCAGGACUGUAAGGAGGAGGAGGAGGUUUUCCCUGUGCAGCAGCUCUGGAACCAAGAGAGGAGGUCCAGUCUGGACCAGGAGGAACCAGAACCACCACAGAUUAAAGAAGAAGUGGAGGAACUCUGCAGCAGUCAGGAGGGAGAGCAGCUGGUACUGAAGGAAAAGACUGAUGCCUUUGUGGUGACACCAGCUUAUGACGAGAGAGAACCAGAAUCAGACCACGACCAGCUCCACUCUCAUGGUUCUGACACCUUUAUGUUUCUUCAGUCUAAAUACAAGGAAGCUGGUAAUAAUCCUAUCCAGUAUGAGGAAAAGAUUGACUGUCAGCACAGACUCCUGGAUAUCACCUGGAAGCCUGAAAUAAACUUCCACAGAACAGACCUCCCACAACAGCAUCUCUGUAAGGAGGAGGUUGUCCCUGAGCAGCAGCUCUGGAACCAGGAGAAGAUCUUCAGUCUGGACCAGGAGGAACCAGAACCUCCACAGAUUAAAGAGGAGCACGAGGAACCCUGCAACAGUCAGGAGGGAGAGCAGCUGUUACUGAAGGAGGAGAUUUAUACCUUUACUGUUCCUCCUAUGUAUGAGGAAAGUGACUACAGUGACUCAGAACCAAACAGGGAGCAGCUCCUCUCUGACAGCGUUCUUGUAGCUGAGAGUCAGGAAGGAAACAAGAAUGCAGAUUUAGGAUCAACCAGGAAUGCAGAGUCAGCGCCAAAGAAGAGAAAUCACUGCGGAAAUGCAGACGGCUUUCCCAUGUCAGCCAUUCAGUGUAACAGUGACACAGGUAACAAGUGUGUACCAUGUGAUGUUUGUGGAAAAGUGUUUAAGAAACGGUACCAAAUGAGGAUACAUCACAGAAUCCACACAGGUGAGAAACCGUACCUUUGUAAAGCCUGUGGGAAGGGGUUUAGUGACCCAUCAUCACUUCAAAAGCAUAAGGCAGUCCACACGGGGGAGAAGCGGUAUUCCUGCACCACAUGUGGGAAGGGUUUUACUCAAAGUGGUAGUUUGUUGAUCCACAUGAGAAUCCACACAGGUGAGAAACCGUAUCUUUGUAACACCUGCGGGAAACGCUUCAGUCAGAAUAGCGGUUUGUGGGUGCACAUGAAAAGUCACACGGGUGAAAAGCCGUAUUCUUGCAAAACAUGUGGCAAAAGUUUUAGUCAAAGCAGCAGGCUGUCGAUCCACGCGAGGAUUCACACGGGUGAGAAGCCGUAUUCUUGCAAAAUGUGCGAAAAAAAUUUUCGCUCUCAAUAUCAUUUGACUGUACACAUGAGAAACCACUCAGAUAAGAAGCCGUAUCUUUGUAACACGUGAUUGUCAUCAUCAUGUGCUACAUCCCAUCAUUUUUUUAUUUUUUUUUUGGACCACAUGAAAACUCACAGGUCAGGGGUCAUAUUUCUGAAACUUCUGUAGAAAGCAAUGUGAAGCAGCAAACCUUAAUAUGAGUGCUAAGUAGCAAAGGUCAUCAGUUCUGUCUGUCAGUAAUGUUAAUUUUGCAGGAUACCAGAGAUACUUCCUGCUGCUUCCUUACUACACGGGGUCACAACAGGUAGUUCGUCAUGUUUGAUGUGACAGAGUUUGAUGCCAAAUGCCCUUCCCCACCCCCAAAUGUCUCAGACUGAAGCAGAGAGAAGUGUACCAGCAACUAGACAGAUGAAAUUGGAGCCUACCAACUGUUAGAUCAGCCCUGGAAAUAUGGUGCCAGGUCAGUAGAAGCACAGGGACUAAAGAGGGCUGCAGCCAGACACAGUUUCACAAAUCAGUAUUUCUAAUCUUCAGUUUGAAAAACUUUCCCCACAUGAUAUCCACUGUUUUCCUGGGUAUCAGGGCUCGAGUCUGAAAUUCUAGUAUUGUGACAGCCAGAGUGUCAUUAAAACAAUGUAAAGUCUGACCUGCAAUGGUGAGUUCCUGUGUUCUCAAUUUUUUUUCUAUAAAAGUUGUUUUGGAGGAUUUCUUUCAGAUUCUGGAAGAAAACUUUGAAAUGUUAGAUGAUGUUUCUGUAGUUUUUUCUUUUUUCUCACAGCUUCAGUAGAACAACAAUGUACAUGUGAAACAGUACAAAGGGAGAAGCAGCUCAUCCAUCUGUGUUUGGGAAUUGCAGCUCCAAAAUUGGACGAACUCUGUUUUCCCUUUACACCUAAACUUUUAAUGGAAGAUGGAUCCAGUUUUUUGUAGCAUUUUAUAACAUAUCCCCAUGUUUGACUGUCUGAAUUUCAUAGUUUUUUCUCUACCUCACUUUUUUGUAAGCUCAGAUGUUGAAGCUGAGAAAUGCUGUAGGGCUUUGUGCCAGCUGGAGUCUUUUUUAAAAGCAUGCUUUGUUUUUUCUGUGUUCUCAUUUAAAUUUUUUUAAAAUUAUUAUUAUUUUAAGGCUUUAAAUCAGACACUAACAGACUGUACAUGGUGUUUGAUAUGUACACAUAAAAGUCUUUAUAUAAAUAAAAUGAAAA